UUGGGGAGGCUCCAGGGGGCCCCCCGGGCUCGUUUUUUCGGGGCCCCUUUGGGGGCCUCUCGCAGCUAACUGCAGCAGACUUGGAGGCCAUUGCGGGGCGGCUGGGGGCCCUCGGGAGCGAACUCGGAGACUCCGAAGAGCCCCUGGACGUGGCCUUUGUGCAGCGGGCUUUGCAGCUGCUGGGGGGGCUGCUGGGGCGGCCGGAGGCGCAGCAGCUGCUGGCAGCAGCGCCGGGCAGCAGCAGCAGCAGCAGCAGCAGCAGCAACCCGCAGCAGGCGCUGCGGCUGCUGCUGCAGUCCGAACUCUCGCAGCCAGAGGACGAAGAGGCCUUAUUAGCCAUUCUAUUGUACUUCUUUUCUUUAAGAAAAGUCCUCGAAGAUAAUCCUUUUCUUAGAGAACAAGUCUCGCAGCUAAUCCAAGACAACGCGCAGCAGCUGCUGCAGGGCAACGACUUCAGCAAAGUGCUGGCAGCAAUUGCUGCCAGCAGCAUUUUCCAGGACUUGCGGGAGGAGGUGGAGGAGGUGAUGCAGCGGACCACUGGCUACGCCCCAGCAGCAGAAACCAACAACGACAUGUCUUGA